AUGUCGCAAAGUUUGAUAGCGGCAAAACAGACCGUUGGUGAAGACUUUGUCUGUCAUUCCCUGCAGAGCCAAUUCUUUCUCCUUGGAAGCGAUAAAUCCCCAGUCACCUAUUCAGUCGCGAGAGUUCGAGAAGGGCGCUCUUAUGCUACAAGAACAGUCCACGCAACCCAGGAAGGAAAAUGCAUCCAUCUUGCUGUGGUAUCGUUCGCCCGAACGCCUUCCAAAAAGCCUCAGCACAUUCACCAUGCCUCAGGAAUGGCAGCGGUCGGGAAACCACCGGCAGAAGAACGACAUAUGUGUCAAAAGCAGGGCAUCGACGCAAUUGCUCCAGAUAUGUUAGCCGUCAGCUUUGGAGAUGAUAGCACUCCACCACAGGAUAGAGUAUUGCGGUGUUGGAUCCGUGCACGAGAAGAUAUCCUUCAUGCUGAUGACAUUACGGUACAUCAAGCCGUCCUGGUUUUCCUAUCUGAUUGGCUUGCAAUAGCAACAGCCCCAUAUGCCCACGGUUACUUCCGAUUUCCGGAAUCGAUCGCGGAAAGCGUUAAAUCAUCGAUUUUAGUAGGGACAGAAAUUGGGAUGUUAUCCACUCUCAAUCAUUCUAUCUGCUUUCACUCAUCAUCAAGCAUACGAGCCGACGAAUGGAUGCUAGUCGAGGUCAACUGCCCCUGGGCAGGUGAUGAAAGAUGUUUGGCUAUUGCAAAGGUGUUUACAAAAGAUGGUGCCUUGCUUGCGAGCUACACUCAAGAAUCACGAAUGCCCCACCUUUGCCUACUCUCCCCAGAGUUAGAAGACGCAAAAACCAUUCUUUACACUACAGCGGAUAUGAUCAAGGUACUUGGAUCAGAAGCGCCUCGACUACUCGAACAAGAUCUCGCGGCCCCCAUCAUAGCUGCAACAACUGGCUUGGCUCAGUUAUACGUGUCAUUUCUCAUCGACAAGGAAAUGAGGUCUGGGAAUUUUGACAAAGCGAGUCUUUACUCUAGGGUAUAUGAGACAGGGGCGAUGCGCCAGAUUCUGGCGACAUUUACAGCAUCGGGCCCCGGCGGAGAUGUUACACGAGCAGUCAAGCCGCAGUUGUGGAGUUCGCCAGAGAACUGGGAGGGCACAAUAUGGCAUGCUUUGGCGCAAAUGAAGAGGCCUGGUUGA